GACUCACUCCUGUGCACUUGACCUUAACCGCACUUUACCCUGUCUGAUAUUACUUGUGAUUAAUAGAUUUUUUUAUUUGUUUCUUUUAUUUAUUCAUUGCUAAUAUUUAUCAUACAUCUGACCUCUUUGUUUGCCUUGAUCGAUGUGCUUGUGCCACUUACCGAUAGCUUUAAAAGGCUCAGAGAAGACUACAGUGUGGCAGUAUGACGUCUCCUUAUGCGGCUGUACAGUUCUGCCCCGAGCACGCCUUUCAACGCAGAUUGCGUGAACCAGCAGCAUGCCUGUCAUGGGCUGAGGGAUCCUUCCUUGCCUCCAUGUCUCAGAGUCCGAGCUCACAAGGAACUGACAUGCUUGGGCCGGAUGUUUUUAACCAGCUGCUGGAGAUGCUGGACCAGUCGGCGUUCCACACCGUUCAGCCCAUUGAGCUCUUGAACUUCUCAGAAGGUGCAACAGUCAACUCUCCAUCCAACACCAUUCAGAUCAGCAUGGACUGUAUCACCAUGCACGGCUCUGACGAUCACCUCGCAUCGCAGUACACCACUCUGGGGCCCUUCAACGGAAUGGAUCAAAAUGGCGGCUCCACCUCCACCAGCCCCUACAACGAGCAUGCUCAGAACAAUGUGACGGCACCGUCGCCCUACGCCCAGCCUAGUUCAACCUUCGAGGCUCUGUCUCCAUCUCCCGCCAUCCCCUCCAACACAGACUACGCUGGUCCUCACACCUUUGACGUGUCCUUCCAGCAGUCCAGCACAGCCAAGUCAGCCACCUGGACGUACUCCACAGACCUCAAGAAGCUAUACUGUCAGAUCGCUAAAACAUGUCCCAUUCAGAUCAAAGUUCUGACCAGCCCACCUCAGGGAGCGGUCAUCCGGGCAAUGCCUGUCUACAAAAAAGCUGAGCAUGUGACCGAGGUGGUCAAACGAUGCCCUAACCACGAGCUCAGCCGAGAAUUCAACGACGGCCAAAUUGCACCACCCAGUCAUCUGAUCAGAGUGGAGGGCAACAGCCACGCCCAGUAUGUGGAAGACUCUAUUACCGGGCGCCAGAGUGUUCUGGUGCCAUACGAACCCCCGCAGGUUGGAACUGAGUUCACAACCAUCCUCUACAAUUUCAUGUGCAACUCCAGCUGCGUGGGUGGAAUGAAUAGACGCCCCAUCCUCAUCAUCGUCACUCUGGAAACCAGAGAUGGUCAGGUUUUGGGACGGCGGUGUUUCGAGGCUCGUAUCUGUGCAUGUCCAGGGCGCGACCGCAAAGCAGAUGAGGACAGCAUCCGCAAGCAGCACGUCAGUGAUGGCACAAAAAGUUCUGAGGGUACGAAACGCCCUUUUCGCCAGACUCACAGUAUUCAGAUAUCCUCCAUUAAGAAGAGAAGAUCCACUGAUGAGGAAGUUUUUUGUUUGCCUAUUAAAGGCCGUGAAAUCUAUGAGAUUUUGGUGAAAAUCAAAGAGUCUCUGGAGCUCAUGCAGUAUCUCCCUCAACAAACCAUAGAGUCAUACAGGCAGCAGCAGCAGAGCCUUCUGCAGAAACAGAGCCCGCUGCCUCCUCAGCCAUCGUUUGGCUCCGCCUCACCUCCACACAGCAAGGUGAACAAACUGCCGUCAGUCAGCCAGCUAAUCAACCCACAACAACGCAACACGCUCACCCCAUCCAGCAUGACCGGAGGACUCACAGACAUGUCUCCCAUGAUGGGCGCCCACAUUCCCAUGAACACGGAUAUGAGUUCACUGAGUCCCACUCAUGCCCUGCAGCCGCAGUUACCCAUGGUGCCCUCCUCUCACUGCACACCCCCACCGCCAUAUCCUGUGGACAGCAGCAUUUCCAAUUUCCUGUUACGGUUGGGCUGCUCUUCCUGUCUGGAUUACUUUACAGCCCAGGGCCUUACCAGCAUCUACCAGAUUGAGAACUACAACCUGGAGGACCUGUCCAGGUUGAAGAUCCCUACCGAGUUCCAGCACCUGAUCUGGAAGGGGAUUAUGGAACACCGGCAGAGCAUGGAGUUCUCGCCCCCUGCACACAUCCUGCGCUCGUCCAGCGGGGCAUCCUCAGUGAGUGUGGGCUCCACGGAGGCACGUGGUGAGCGUGUGAUCGAUGCCGUGCGCUUCACCCUGCGACAGACCAUUUCUUUCCCACCGCGGGACGACUGGACCGACUUUUCCUUCGAUCUGGACUCGCGCCGCAACAAGCAGCAGCGCAUCAAGGAGGAGGGAGAGUGAGCGGCAGGCGCGCGCGCACGCACGCACACACACACACACACACACACACACACACACACACACACACACACACACACACUCACUCACUCACUCACUCACUCACUCACUCAUACACACACACUCACUCAUACACACACACUCACUCAUACACACACACUCAUACAAAACAGCUUUAAAAACAUACUGCAACUCCUGCAUGCCGCAAACACAAAAAAAUUUGUACAGCUUUUACCAAGUGUUUGAUUUCACUUAAAAGCAUGCAAAUUAAAUGCACUUAACGGCUA